CGGUCAUCAUGCAUUGGUCUGUUUGCAAUCCAAAGUUUAGUUAGCUAUUGUAAUACGACAGCUCCAGUCGUAGACAGACAGGCAUCCGCCAGUGGUCGAGACAGAAGGCUCUCGCAGACGUACGCUAGCUAAACGCGCAGUGAACCCUCGUUCAGGCCCCCAGUCCCAAGUGUUGUGCACCAUGGCCGUCGCAGCUGCCCAGAAGAACCGUGAGAUGUUCGCCAUCAAGAAGUCCUACAGCAUCGAGAACGGCUAUCCAUCCCGCCGUCGAUCGCUUGUGGAUGAUGCACGAUUUGAAACACUUGUUGUAAAACAGACCAAACAAAGUGUAUUAGAAGAGGCUCGCGCCCGCGCUAAUGACUCUGGCUUGGAAACUGACUUUAUCCAAGACGUCGCUCAUCUAGGCAACGGUGAUAACACCCCAACCGUUGAAGACGGUACUCAUCAAGACGAAACCAAGAAUGGACAACUUGCAGAUGCUGAUAUCGGUGACGAUGGAGGAAAGAAAGAUGAAGAUUAUACUCUCACCGAAGAAGAGAUAAUUCUUCAAAACGCUGCAAGUGAAAGUCCUGAAGCCGAACAAGUUAUCCAGAAGGCUGCUCUAUUAUUGCGUAUGCGAGAUGGAAUGGGCACCCUCGCUCGCAUCCUUAAAACGAUUGACAACUACAAGGGAAGUGUCGAACAUCUUGAGACAAGACCCUCGCAAGUCUCUGGCAUCCAAUUUGACGCUCUCGUGAAAGUGAGCAUGCCUCGCGUCAACUUACUACAACUCAUCAGGGCACUUCGUCAAUCAACUUCUUUCACUGGUGUCAACCUUCUUUCCGAAAACAAUAUCUCCAACAAAACACCUUGGUUCCCGCGCCACGCUGCCGACCUAGACAACUGCAACCAUCUGAUGACCAAAUACGAGCCGGAACUUGACAUGAACCAUCCUGGAUUUGCUGACAAGGAAUACAGAGAGCGUAGAAAGCAAAUCGCUGAAAUCGCUUUCGCGUACAAAUACGGAGACCCAAUCCCAUCCAUCUCUUACAGUGAAUCGGAGAAUUCCACUUGGCAGCGAGUGUUCAACACUGUUUUGGACCUUAUGCCUAAACACGCCUGCAGGGAAUACAAAGCCGCGUUCAACAAGUUGCAAGAGGCUGAUAUCUUUGUGCCCCACCGCAUUCCUCAACUCGAGGAUGUGAGUAACUUCCUUCGCAAGCACACCGGGUUCACGCUGCGCCCUGCUGCUGGUCUACUUACUGCUCGCGACUUCUUGGCUUCUCUCGCUUUCCGUGUCUUCCAAUCUACUCAAUACGUCCGCCACGCUAACUCUCCCUUCCACACGCCUGAACCUGACUGCAUCCAUGAACUUCUCGGACACAUCCCGCUAUUGGCCGACCCUAGCUUUGCUCAAUUUUCACAAGAAAUCGGAUUAGCUUCUCUUGGCGCUUCGGACUCGGAAAUCGAAAAGCUAUCAACUGUAUAUUGGUUCACUGUUGAAUUCGGUCUUUGCAAAGAAAACCAGCAACUGAAGGCUUACGGUGCGGCUCUUCUGUCCUCUAUCGGGGAACUGCUUCACGCAUUGAGCGACAAACCUGAAUUGAGGCCAUUCGAACCCGCAUCCACAUCCGUACAGCCCUACCAAGACCAAGAAUACCAACCAAUCUACUACGUCGCUGAAAGCUUCGAAGACGCCAAAGAUAAAUUCAGACGCUGGGUGUCAACUAUGUCACGACCAUUCGAGGUCCGCUUCAACCCACACACCGAGCGCGUGGAGGUGCUCGACUCCGUGGACAAACUGGAGACUCUCAUCUGGCAACUGAACACGGAGAUGCUGCACCUCACCAACGCCGUGAAGAAGAUGAAAGGCACGCAUUUCGAAUGAACGCACCCAAAACCCGACCGGAUACCUACCCGCACACGGCAUGGCCGUCCUGUAUAGCUAGUGAUAUUAUAGAUGUAAGACUGUUAACGUGUGGAGCGUGUGAGAGAGAGUGAUAACCAUUGGAUGGUACUUCGUUGAAUUCCUUUUGUACCUUAUUAUUUAUUAUGCCGAGCUCAUUGCCCGGGCCUCGGAAAUCGCGCGGUCAUCCCGAUUGCCCAUUUAAGGAGACCGCGUCCGUUUCGCGAGACCUUAACUAUUUUACUAGUAUUAAUUUAUAAUUUAAUGAAAAACACAAACAAAUAAAAAUGGAGCACCAAAAAAGUGUAAAAAAUCAAACAGUAAAUAUAUGUGUUUGAGUGGA